AUGGCCCUCAUCGUCGACAAGCAUCGGCCGCGGUCGCUCGAGGCCCUGACAUAUCACAAUGAGCUGUCGGAACGGCUCCGGUCGCUCGCUCAAAGCGGCGACUUCCCCCAUCUCCUGGUAUACGGUCCCUCAGGCGCCGGCAAGAAGACGAGGAUUGUCGCUACGCUCAAGGAGCUGUACGGCCCGGGCGUCGAGAAGAUCAAGAUCGAUGCGCGUGUGUUUCAGACGAGCAGCAACCGCAAACUCGAGUUCAACAUUGUCGCCUCCAUCUACCACCUCGAAAUCACCCCGUCCGACGUUGGCAACUACGACAGAGUCGUCGUCCAAGACCUGCUGAAGGAGGUGGCUCAGACGCAGCAGGUUGAUCAGUCGGCCAAGCAGCGGUUCAAGGUGGUGGUCAUCAACGAGGCCGACCACCUCACGCGCGACGCGCAGGCCGCGCUGCGUCGCACCAUGGAGAAGUACUCGCCCAACCUGCGGCUGAUCCUCCUCGCAAACUCGACGUCCAAUAUCAUUGCGCCGAUUCGCUCGAGAACGCUACUGGUACGCGUUGCGGCACCCACGCACGAGGAGAUAUGUGACGUCCUCGCCCAAUCGGCGAAGAAGGAGGGCUGGGAGGUCAUCAAGGGCCUGCACAAACGCAUUGCGGAGGAGAGCGGCCGAAACCUUCGAAGAGCUCUGCUCAUGUACGAAGCCGUUCACGCGCAAAACGAGAAAGUAACAGAAAGCACGCCAAUCCCGCCGGCGGACUGGGAGGCAUUAAUCGGACAGAUCGCCAAGGAAAUCAUGGAAGAGCACACCCCGGCCAGGAUUUUGCAAGUCCGGUCGAAACUCUACGACCUCCUCACGCAUUGCAUUCCACCGACGACGAUUCUCAAGACCCUAACGUUCAAGCUGCUGGCACUCAUCGACGACGGACUCAAGGGAGAGGUGAUUCUGUGGUCCGCCUUUUACGAGCACCGGAUUAAGACGGGCACCAAGGUCAUCUUCCAUCUCGAGGCGUUUGUGGCUAAGUUUAUGCGGAUAUUCGAGAUGUACCUGAUGAGCAUGGACAUGUAA